GAAAAAUGAUGGUCCGAAUAAGUCAAAGCAAGAGAACGUUAACCAGCACAUGACAUGGCCCCAACAAGCCAGACCAAAAAUAUAGCCGUUAGAUUAUAACCCUAAUAUUCUUCCCGCGGUGAACACGGGCUGUUAUUCUACUCUGCAUCAGCAAAAACUAGCCGUUGUGGUGGUGGUCAAUCUUAUGCUUCCCUUCACUCUGACCAACCAACCGACUCACUCUCCCCUUCAACAAAACCCCUCCUUCCUAUCUCCCUUCCUUCUCAAUAAAUUUUCAUCUCUCUGUUUACUGUUUUUGCAGUGAUACAACAAAUUAAAGUAGAGAGAGAAAGUUUCUCUCACUAAACUAUCAUUUGCAGUUACUCUCUCUCUCUUCUCGUUCACAGCCCAUGGGCAAUCGAAUCCAGCUGCGGCUCCCAUUUCACCUUCUCCUCCUCUUCCUAUUUGUCGAUUUCUGCCACGUCACAGCUAAACAAUGGGAUGGAAUCAUCGUAACGGAAUCCGAUUACCAAUCCCUAAAAGCCCUAAAGCACGAGUUCAUCGAUCCUAAAGGGGUUUUGAGUAGCUGGAACGACACGGGCCCCGCCGGAGCUUGUUCGGGCUGGGCCGGAAUCAAGUGUGUGAAUGGUCAGGUUAUCUCCGUACAGCUUCCAUGGAAGGGUUUGGGCGGCAGAAUCUCCGAGAAAAUCGGCCAGCUCCAAUCCCUCCGCCGACUCAGCCUCCACGACAACGCUCUCGUAGGCCCCGUUCCGACCUCGCUAGGGUUUCUGCCCAAUCUCAGAGGUGUCUAUCUCUUCAAUAAUCGUCUCUCUGGUUCGAUUCCUCCUUCAAUUGGUAACUGUCUUCUUCUCCAAACUCUCGAUCUAAGUAAUAAUCAGCUUGUUGGGAUUAUUCCACCUUCAAUUGCUAACUCCACUAGAUUGUAUAGGCUUAAUCUGAGCUUUAAUGGCGUUUCGGGUUCGAUUCCGAUUAGUUUGUCUCAAUCUCCCUCCCUGACUUUUCUCGCCCUUCAGCAUAAUAAUCUCUCUGGUUCUGUACCUGAUGAUUGGGGUAGUGUAUUAGGCAAUUAUUCUUCUUAUAAUCUUCAAUCUUUGGCCCUUGAUCACAACCUUCUUUCCGGGAAUAUUCCCUCUUCUCUGAGCAAGCUCACCAUGCUUGAGGAGUUGAACCUUAGUCGUAACCAGAUCGUCGGGAGUAUUCCGGACAAUAUUGGGAACAUUACAAGUAUUGUUUCACUUGAUUUGUCUGGAAACAAUCUGACUGGGGAAAUUCCGACUUCGUUUACCAAUCUCUCGAACCUCACUUCGUUCGAUGUUUCGUACAAUAAUCUCUCGGGGGCUGUCCCGUCUUUUCUCGCCGAGAAAUUUAAUUCUAGCUCGUUUCUUGGGAACACUCAGCUUUGUGGUUACAGUAAUUCAACCCCUUGCCCUGAAAAUCUACCUUCACCUUCCCCUUCUUCUCAAGGGUUGGUUCAGCACCGUCGUAAACGAAGAUUGAGUACAAAGGAUAUAAUACUUAUAGCAGCUGGUGCACUUUUAGUUGUUCUGUUAAUUCUGUGCUGUGUUCUGCUCUGCUGCUUGAUCAGAAAGAAGGCAGCUUCGAGAAACGGCAAAAAUGGUGGCGUUGUGAAAAAGUCGGUGCCAGCUGUGGGGGCAGAAGUGGAAUCGGGGGGUGAAACGGGAGGGAAGCUAGUCCAUUUCGAAGGCCCCUUUGUAUUCACAGCCGAUGAUUUGCUGUGUGCAACUGCAGAAAUAAUGGGGAAGAGCACUUAUGGAACUGCAUACAAGGCAACUUUAGAGGAUAACAACGAAGUUGCGGUGAAGAGGCUGAGAGAGAAAAUCACGAAAACGAAAAAGGAAUUCGAAAUCGAAAUCGCCCAACUUGGAAAAAUUCGACACAUGAAUAUAUUGGCAAUGAGAGCUUAUUACCUCGGCCCGAAGGGAGAGAAGCUUCUUGUCUAUGAUUACAUGCCUCAUGGAAGCCUUGCAUCUUUCCUCCAUGCUAGAGGACCGGAAACUGUAAUUACAUGGCCGACGAGAAUGGAAAUUGCUAUCGGAAUUGCACGAGGUUUGUGCUAUCUUCACAACCAAGAAAACAACAUAGUGCACGGUAGUCUUACAUCCAGCAACGUACUCCUCGACGAACAGAGGAAUCCGAAGAUUGCCGACGUGGGAUUAUCCCGGUUAAUGACGAGCGCUGCAAACACCAAUGAGGUGGCGACAGCUGGCACGACCGGCUAUCGUGCACCGGAGUUCACGUCAAAGGGGAAGAAUGUGGGGACCACGAAAACCGACGUGUUCAGCCUUGGUGUGAUAAUGUUGGAGCUGCUGACGGGAAAAUCUCCGAGCGAGGCGAUAGACGGGCUGGAACUGCCGCAGUGGGUGGCUUCGAUUGUGAAGGAGGAGUGGACUAAUGAGGUGUUUGAUGUGGAGUUGAUGAGGGGUAAAACGGACAUCGGAGACGAGCUGUUGAGUACGUUGAAGCUCGCGCUUCAUUGCGUCGACCCUAAUCCAUCUGCUAGGCCUGAAGCAGAACAGGUUCUUCAGAAGCUUGAAGAAAUAAAGCCCCCACAAGUUGUGAAUAUUACCACAGAACCACCUUCUGUUGAUGAAUGAAUGAAUGAAUGAAGCAGUUGCAGCAAAGAGAGAGUGAAAAAAGAUUACAACAAUAAUAAUAUAUAUAUGGUUAUUUAAGUAGUAUUCAGCUUUCUAAAUUUAUUAAUUUUUUUAUUCAAUUCAUUUGUUGUUUUUGUUUUCUUUUUGUUGGUUGAAAUUUUAUUCAUUUGCUCAAGUAAUGUGUAUAGAUAUAUUAGCAAUUCUCAUAUGUAUUGAAACUUUCAAUUUAGUUAAUUUUAUAUUUUUAUUAAGAA